GACUGGAACAAAAAUGUCCACUCAACGAAAAAGCGCUCCACAACGGAUGACCCUGCAACACCAGCGGAUGGUCCCGCGUCAUCAGUACCAUCAGUUCAAACCAAUAAGUCGCUAAUGAGGAGCGAGGUUAUCAGUGAGGGAACGGGUGGUAAAAGCAUAAGCGAAGAUUUGGAUGUGAUAAUUGUGCCAAAGUGGAAAAAAAUACUGAAAACAGUAAGCACCAAAAAAGAACUGCACGAAAGCAUAAAUCCGAAAAUUAGCGGAAACAAAGCAGUGCUUAGGAAUACUGCUCAAAUAAGUGGAGCAAAGAUUAGAGAAGGAUCUGAUUAUACAACAGUUGAAAUUUUGACUAAAGGAGUUCGUCGUGAAUCACACUCCACACAAAAAGAAAAGGCAGAUUCUGAGCAGAUUUCGACCAGAAAUCCAGCUGAAUCUGCAGAAGGCAAAGAAGAUUCUGCAGUAUCUCAGACUCAGAAAGUUUUUGAAUCAACAAGACCAAACGAUCACGAAAGGUCCUCCGAGAAACUGUUUACUUCAGCAGCGCCGAUGGAAUCUCCAGAUUCUAUAAAUCCUCCAUUAGGAGAAGAAUUCGUAACAGUAGCAGCAUCAUCAUUCAGAAGUGUCGAUUAUGCCACAAAAAGAAAUAAGACAACGGCACUUCAAAAAAACGAAGAGGAAAACAAGCGGAAGAAGGCGAAAAGCAAAUUUCAGGAUAGCGGAAGUGAUUCAGUUUCUGAAAAAAUUUCGACAAAGAGUGGCAGCUCAAAGGAAGAAGGUGAAACUGAAACGCAAAAUCCAAUAGAUUCGGAAGAAGAUGACAGUUUUGAUGGGGAACUUUACGGUGAAACUGAUGGAAUAAAGGAAAACAAAAUUGGCGAUAUUCCUGACAACGAACUGGAUUCAAAAAUGGAUGGUUCCGGAGAGGCACCCGAACAGUUGACUAAGAAUGACGUCUUUGAGAUCCCUGAAGCAGAUUCGGAGGAAAUGGAUGAGGGCGAGUUCGGCAAUGGUAAAGUAUUAGCGCUCGCUUUCUUUGAAUUUAACAUUUACAAUACGCUGCUUUUAUCGCUAAAACGUACUAAACAUAGGUAA